AUGGCCAACGUCAACGGUCCCCGAUCGUGCAUGAAGCGACUACUGAUGCGCGUCGCCGAAGCAGUUAUACUGUAUGGCGCUGAAGUCUGGGCCGAAGCUCAGCGACACGAGAAAUAUCGUAAGCGUAUAGCCGUGGUACAGAGGAUGGGUGCUCUUCGAAUCGCGUGCUCCUACCGCACAGCCUCGGAUCCCGCGGUGCUAGUGGUCGCGAGAGUAAUCCCGAUUGAUCUACUUGCCAAGGAGAGACAAUUCGUCCACCAGCAUAAGCUCGUUCUGGGGGAGGAGGAGGCAUCAAGGAUCGCCAAGUCUAGCAGCAUCGAGACCUGGCAAAGCAGAUGA